AUCCGGAAAGAAGCUCUGUCUACAGGAUCCUCGCAAGCGCCACCACGUCCAUCUUACACCACAGUCCGGCCGCACCUUUAGCAUCUUCGUUGCCUUCGUCUGGAAUCUCUGAACUUCAGAAAGUCCGAGCCCCGAGCAAGAAAACACCGCCUGGAAACACCAGCCGGAGCAACGUGCCCGCGAGACAACAACUAACCCGGAUUUCUGUCCCACUCCACUCGGGGCAAUUCACCAUUCCUCCCACCGGGAACUAGCCGACCGGCUUCCGUUAUUCUCUUGGGGUUACGGAUACAAAGUCCAGCCAUCAACGGUGUAUACUCCGUCUUCAACAGAACAAUCAAAGUGGACGCGAUUAAACAAACGGCAGGGCAGAUUCGGGUGCAAGUUGUAACGCUGCAACGCCGACGUGGGGUCUCACCUCACCUUCUCUUACCUUACUUGCCUACCAAGCUUACCUACCUACUUACUUGGCGCUAACCUCUCCGUCAUAAUUGCGCUGACACCCGCCCGAUCUAAUCCCACCUCACCUUUCGUCUCUUCCACACGCCCCAAGGUGCCGUCUUUUCUUUUGUGCAACCUAGCCGCAGGAACAGCUUGCAAUCUGGCCUGCUUCGGAGUCGGACGGACUCUAGACAGGGCGAGCGCCGCUGGCAGGAGCCGCCGAAAGACAAGCCUCAAUUCUUAUCAACCCUCACUGUCGCCGAGCCUGUGUCCUGAAUUUUUCGAUACCCUAUGAGAAUCUGCUCAUUCUCGUGAUUCUUCACGGCUUCCAGACUCUGCAGCCCUCUCAAGAUGGGUUACGACUACGCGCUGGUGCACGUCAAGUACACCAUCCCUCUGGCGGGACUACUCACUUUCAUCUCAUACCCUCUAUUUACACGCCUCGAUGUCGUGAGGACUCUCUUCAUCGUCACAAUUGCUUUUACCGCCACGAUUCCCUGGGAUUCGUAUCUGAUCAGAACCGGCAUCUGGACGUAUCCCCCAAGCGCAGUGUUGGGACCAACCCUCUAUGACAUACCAAUCGAGGAGCUAUUCUUCUUCGUCAUACAAACCUACAUUACCGCUCAGCUCUACAUCAUCCUCAACAAGCCUGUGCUUCAUGCUCAGUACCUGAACUCCCCCGCCACGCUCCCGCAAUGGAUAAAAACGGCGAAGCCUCUCGGCCAGCUAGCGCUCUUCAGCAGCGUCGUCUUGGGCGCAUGGCUGAUCGCCAAGGAGGGUGAAGGCACCUACCUGGGCCUGAUUUUGGUCUGGGCAUGCUCCUUUGCGCUUCUCACCUGGACUAUCACGGCGCAAUUCAUUUUGGCAUUGCCAUUGGCUUGCACCGCUCUACCCAUCUUGCUGCCCACCAUCUAUCUAUGGGUCGUCGACGAGAUGGCCUUGGGCCGCGGCACCUGGGCCAUUGAGAGUGGCACAAAACUCGAACUAAAGCUCUUUGGCAGCCUCGAAAUCGAAGAAGCGACCUUCUUCCUUGUCACCAACAUGCUCAUUGUCUUUGGCGUGGCAGCCUUUGACAAGGCCGUCGCCGUCUGCGAUGCAUUCCCAGACAAGUUCGACAAACCCGCCGACGCCCUGUCCAUGUCACUGCUUCGAGCUCGUGUUUUCCCCUCAUCUCAGUACGACAUGGAGCGCAUCUUGGGCAUCCGCCAGGCGGUCACCAGACUGGCCAGAAAGAGUCGUAGCUUCCAUCUCGCCAGCUCCGUCUUCCCAGGCCGCCUACGCAUCGACCUGACGCUGCUCUACUCCUACUGCCGGCUAGCCGACGAUCUUGUCGACGAUGCCGAGACCCCUGACGAGGCCGCUUCCUGGAUCUCCAAACUCGACCGCCAUCUAAGCCUGCUCUACAAGGACCCCGACGCGACCUCGGCGCCGCUCGCCGCGAAGUACGCUGCCGAGAACUUUCCAGAUUCAGCUCUGUCGGCUCUGGACCUCCUCCCCUCAUCGCUCAUACCCCGCGAACCCCUCGCCGAGCUGCUCAAGGGGUUCGAGAUGGAUCUCUCCUUCAGCAAGGACACCUUCCCAAUCACGGAUCCCGAGGAUCUCGAGCUCUACGCUGCUCGCGUUGCCAGCACCGUCGGACAGGCCUGUCUUGAGCUGGUUUUCCGUCACUGCCAGCACAAUCUGCCCGAUUACAUGCAAGCCUACCUCCGCAAUACAGCGCGUCAAAUGGGCCUUGCGCUGCAAUUCGUCAACAUUGCGCGCGACAUUGCAGUAGAUGCCAAGAUUGGCCGCGUCUAUUUACCCACAUCCUGGCUCAAGGAGGAGGGCCUGACGCCCAAGGAUGUUCUCGCGAACCCCAACAGCGAAGGCGCCGGCAAUGUGCGCCGUCGCAUCCUCGCAAAGGCCUUUGACCACUACGGGGAGGCGAGGGACUCCAUGAAGUGGAUUCCCUCGGAAGCGCGCGGCCCCAUGGUCGUCGCCGUGGAGAGCUACAUGGAAAUUGGCCGGGUCCUCAUGCGCAACGGCGGCGCUGCAGCGGACGGGAGUGGGCGAGCUACGGUGCCCAAGUCGCGUCGCAUCUGGGUUGCUUGGAGCACACUCAUGGCCGCUUAGAUAUGAUUCCGCACCCAGAACUGGACUUGGGGGGGUUGGAUUCUCGUCUUAGAUCUGUUUGGCCUUUUUGUUUGGUUCCUCCUCUCUUUCUCCUCUUUCCCUCUACCCACUCAGGCCCCUUUUGAUGGCGUUGAUAGAGGCAUUACGAAUAGACAGCAUGGCGUCCAUAGGAGUGGUAGCAGUAUGACAUAGACGUGACCCAGGAUGCAAAAGGAAUUUCCACGCCGUUUUCUUCGAUACCAGGUCCACGAUGAGAUGCAAUUGCUUCGUGUUCCCCA